AUGUCCAAUCCAGAUGCGCAGCCCACGAGAAUAGGAAUGGCGAGACGGACUCUCGGUAUCAGUCUCCUUCUGCUCGUGGUGGUACUAUGGACAACUUCGAAUUUCCUAGGAAGUACCAUCUUCGCCGAUAAGACCUACCCGAAGCCUUUCUUCGUAACAUAUAUCAACACCUCGCUCUUUACAAUGCCACUUUUCGGUGUCCUGAUUAGUCGAACAUUCGGUCUAUGGCGCACCAACAAGCUUGGGCAGGUUGACUCGUUCUGGAGCUGGCUGCGAUAUAUGGACUCUGUUGAGACCGAAACUGCAGACGAGGCGCGGGUCUUGCGACGCGUGUCGAUUGACGAUGAGGCCCGGGGCAGUGGGGACUAUGACGGUGCGCGAUACUUGCCGAAGGGACAGGGCGAAGAUGAGAAGCUGGGAUUGAAGGCGACUGCGAAGCUUAGCUUUCAGUUUUGUCUGCUCUGGUUCACUGCGAACUAUUUCGCUAUGGCAUGUCUUCAAUAUACGACUGUUGGAAGUACUACCAUUUUGACUUCGACAAGCGGUGUCUGGACACUGGUAUUCGGAGCCUGUCUACGCGUUGAAAAGUUCACGGUCCGGAAAGCCCUUGGUGUUCUCGCUUCUCUCAUCGGUAUCAUCCUGAUCUCGCGUGUGGACCUCUCAAAGCCAGACACCAAUCCAGCAAUUGCCACGGGAGAGGAUGGAUCGGGUACGUUCCCUCACAAGACGCCUGCUGAGAUCGCACUCGGCGAUGCCAUGGCAGCCUUCAGCUCAAUCAUGUACGGCGUGUACACGAUCGUGAUGAAGAAGCAAGUCGGCGACGAGUCGCGCGUGAACAUGUCACUUUUCUUCGGCCUUGUUGGUUUCUUCAACCUUAUUUUCAUGUGGCCCGGGUUCUUCAUCCUCCACUGGACCGGUGUAGAGUUGUUUUCAUUUCCGGAAACAAGGCGGGUCUGGACGAUCAUUCUGGUCAAUUCGGUCGCUUCUUUCGUCUCUGACAUCGCCUGGGCCUAUGCCAUGCUCCUUACCACGCCACUUGUGGUCACCGUCGGUCUUAGUCUGACCAUUCCCCUAUCAUUGGUUGGACAGAUUGUUCUGCAAGGACAGUAUGCAAGUGCAUUAUACUGGGUCGGUGCGACAAUCGUUUUUCUAUCAUUCUUGGUGGUCAAUCACGAAAGCAAGACACUGGACGAAGCAGCUCCUGCAGAUGGAGGGAGGUCAUCCUCUGGAGAGUAUGAGAGUAUUCCUAAUGAGGAGGUUCGAUGA